CGUGAGCCACUUCAUUUCAAUGUGAGGUUCACGCGUGAAUCUAGGAUUGCUUGAACUUCACCAUGUUCGAGUGCUGACAGACGCCCACAUUACCGAGUAUAAAGAGUCGCGACUACUUCUCAGGGUGACCUCGACCUUUUCCCCUUUAUCAAGGUGCCCGACUCUCUCUGCAACCACCAGCAAAGAUGUCGAACCAGGCCAGUUCCCUCAGCGAGAAGAAGUCGGUUUCCGACGCUGAUGAGACUUUAUUCCCCCAAGUCGAAUUUGACGAAGUCCGUGAAACGGAUUACUCUGAGGAGCAAUACAGAAAGCUGCUGAAGAAGAUUGAUUGGGUUCUUCUCCCUUUGAUGUGGGUUGCGUACGGAGUCCAGCAAGCAGAUAAAACUGGUAUUUCUACGCAGGCUUUGUUUAAUUUUCGGCAGGACAACCAUCUUGUCGGCCAGCAAUAUUCUUGGCUCUCAACUAUCUUUUACCUCUCAUACCUGGUCUUCGAGUUCCCAAUGAGUUAUCUAAUGCAGCGAGUGUCUGUUGGAAAGACAUUGUCCGUUCUCAUGUUCUUUUGGGGUGUCAUCGUGCUAUGUACUGCGUUCGCCCACAACUGGGCCGGUCUCAUGGUCCUACGUACUCUACAGGGUCUAUUCGAAUGCACCAUCUCACCAUCUUUCCUUCUAAUUAUCGGAACCUGGUAUAAGACGAGCGAGCAUGCUAGCCGGUCCAUUAUAUGGGGAACUGCAAACUCUGGAUUCGGCGUCAUCGUGUCCCUUUGCAUGUAUGCCAUCGGUGAUAGUGCCAAAAAACACGGUUCUGGUUUAGCCGCUUGGAAGGGAAUUUCCUUCUUUCUUGGUGGGACUACUAUCCUGCUUUCGUUCUUUUGCUGGUUCCUUCUAGGAACACCUCGUGAAGUCGCAUGGAUAUCUCAAGAAGAACGUCGUAUCGCUCAAGCCCGGAUCGUUGCCAACAAAACUGGAACAGAUCACCACAGUCGGAGAGAGUGGAAAAGGGAUCAAAUUCUGGAAGCCUUCCUAGACCCCUCCACAUGGUUUCUGUUUUGCAGUGUCGUCCUCGCCGGUUUGCCGAACGGAGGUAUCACUUCUUUUGGAAGUCUGGUCUACACGAGCUUCGGAUUCACUUCUUUGGAAACAAUACUCUAUGAUAUUCCUCGCCAGGCUAUGUCCAUCAUUUGGUUCCUUAUUGUGGGAUACCUUUGCCGCUUCCCUAAUAUGCGAUUUUUGCUUAUGUUAUUCUCCAUCAUUCCUGGCUUCAUUGGUCUUCUGGCACUAGCUUUGCUCCCCAGUUCGACCGAUUUUAGAUGGAUCAAGUUUGGAAUGUACUUUAUGACAAUGACAACUAACAUUAAUGGCUUGCUUCUAUGGAUGCAUGUCCCCUCGAACGUCGGCGGUCGUACCAAGAAGUCGGCGGUCUCCAGUAUAAUGUUCAUCGCCUACUGCGUUGGCAACGCAGGUGGAUCACAGUUUUUCCGAGCUGUAGACGCACCGAGAUAUAUCCCUGCGCUUAUUGCAUGUUCAAUAUGCUUGGGAUUAGAAUUUGUCUUCGUUCUAACAUGGAGGUUUUACCUCGCUUAUCAGAAUCAUGUUCGGGACAAGGCAGCUGAAGCUCAGGGCCUCACACCGGAACAGGUGAAGGAACUAGGAGCACAGAAUGGUGAAAAAGACAUAACGGACCGGGAAAAUCCUCACUUCCGUUAUUCCUAUUGAACGUUCGUCUUUGUCAAAGCUUUGCGUGCAUAUGCACAUAUAUAUUCAGUCUAAAUCUUAUGAUAAUGAUAAUGAUAUUACAUGACUAACCGUAAAACUGAAUCUUCAUUGCUUGCUCUGGGAACUUACCUGCACUCAACACUCGUGUAAUAUCUCUUAUCCAUUUAGGUUGUACUAGUCGCGUGAAACGUAGAAGCCCAAUUACUACGGCGUAUGCACAUUCAAAGUAUCCGGACCAAGGAACUCGAUGUGGUCGGAUGAGUUACUUUGCAUUUUUAAUGUUCGUUUUCGCUGAUAUUCAUACAUAUAAUAACGAUGUGUAUCAAGCCCGAG